AUGAAGAAAUGUGACAAUGAAAGAAUAGCUUAAUAAAUAUAUGCCAGUUAGAUGUUAAAAUUGUAAGGUAAAAUUUUGGAGAAGAAGUUAAUUAAAACAGGGUCAAAGAAUUAGAUUGAAAGUUAAUCAUAAAACAUCUCAAAUAACAAUAGUCCUGUCGUUGGAAGAUAAAAGUCUUAUGAGAAUCUAUAGAAAGUUAAUAAGACAUUUAUUAAUCAACCUGUCUCUUAAUAAAAAUUAAGCAGUAUUUUGAAUGUGAUUAGUGGAUAAUAACAAAAUACUAAAUAAAAGUAUUCCAUUAACAACGAAUUGAUUGAAACUGUUAAGAUUUCACAUAAGUUACGAAAGAAUCAAUCAAUGAUACAUAUCGAAUAAUAAUCUCCUGCUCUAACUAAAAAUGCAUCCUUCCAUCAUUCAGUUAAAAAUAAAAUCAAUAGUAAUAGUGUAUCAAGUGAUCAAUCUUAAAUUCAAAAAGUCAAAGAGAAAAUCAAAUUAUUAUUAUAGGAAAGAGAUUAAAAUCUACCAUAAGAUGCAAAAGAAUUAGCAUUUAUGACUAAAUUCAAUCAAAUUCUAAAUUAAUUAGUGGUAGUGUUAUUUCAAGAACCAAAUUUAUAAGCAUCUCAAUAACAAUUCAAUUUGCCAUCUUCAACUUAAGAUACUUUCUAAGCUAUUUAAAUAGAUCAUUUUUUUAAAAGACAGAUUCAGAUAUUGCAAUAGUCUUUUUAGUUAUAAUUAGACAAGAAGAAAUUAGAAAAUGUGUUAUUGUAAAUAAAAAAGAAGUAAGAGAUUUUGCAAUAGGAAAAUGAUUAAUUGUCAUAAAAUAAAUUAUAAAUGAAUGAUUAGAUAACUUAAUUGAAAUAAUAAAUUACAGAAUUGUAAAAAUAGAACGAUAACAAUGAAGAAAAUAUUUAAUUAGAAUCAGGUAAUUAUUAUAUUCAAUAUUGAAAUAGAAACUUAAGAGUUGAAAUAUCUUGUAUAAGGAUAAUUUGAAGCCAUACAAAAAUUGUUAUAAAGAGAAUAAUUAAUGAAGGUAUUUUUAAAAAGGGUGGGUGAUAGUUCUAUAAUAGAGUAAAAAAAAUAUAAUAUUUGAAAUUGAUAGGAUGUUUGAAUAAUUUAUCCAGAGUGCAGAGAAUGUGAAUUAAGAUGAUACUGAAGGAAAUUUGAAUAUUGAUAUGUUGCCAUAACAGAAACAUACCUAAGUUUAAAAGAAUAAUUAAUAAUAAUAAUAAUAAUAAAUUCCAGAUAAAAUAAUUCAAUAAUAUGAAAUUAGUUAUAAAUAAUUAGAUUUAUGUGAUUCACUAUUAGCUGAUGAUUCAAGUAGAUAUUAUUUACUAAUAUUAUAUAGGAGUGAAUGAUUCAGAAGAAAGUAGUUUCGGAUAUUUAGGAAAAGAGUAGGCAACUGAAGUCAGUUGUUAUUUCACUUAAGCUUAGUAAUUUAUUUAAUUAGUUAUUUAUUUUUAGAUAAUUCUAAUAGUAACAAAACCAAUAACCAUUUUAACAACAACAGAAUUUAAAAGUGAAAGGAAAAUCUAAUAUUAAAGAUAAGUUAAGAAUUAAUAUGAUGGAUGUGUAAUUAGCAUAAGCUGCGUAAUUAAUAUUUUAUAAUUAAUUAAAGUUAGAAACAUGAAUAUCUGAAAUAGCAAUAAUUGCUAUAACAAUAAUAGUAACAUCAUGAUAAGAUUUUGCCAGAUGAUAUUAAUAGUGAAGAUGUAAGUAAAAUUUAUAUUCAUAGUUUUGA